UCCUCCUCCGCAGUGCCGGCGGCAGGCGCCCGCCCCGCGCCCAGCCUCGCCGGCCGGCCCGGCUCGCGGGGCUGCCCGGAGGCCGCGGCCGGGCAGCUGUUGCGCCGAGAGGGGGCAGCUGCGGAGUUCCAUAACCAUAGCAACCGCAUCAGCACCGCGGCGGCGGGCGGCAGCUCUCGCUCCUCCUCCAGGCAGCCUCGCCGCGGGCACCCGAGACCCAGCUCGCGGGCGCCCGGACCCCGCGGAGCGCCCACCGCCGCUGCAGAGAGCGGGGAGGGAGGCAGCCGGCGCGGCCGGAGCCGAGGGGAGCCCUGCAGUGGGAGGCAGGUAAUGAACCAAAAAGAUCAUGUCUGAAGUACAAGGAACGGUUGAGUUUUCUGUAGAGCUACAUAAAUUUUAUAAUGUGGAUCUCUUUCAGAGAGGGUAUUACCAGAUCCGAGUGACCUUGAAGGUGUCCUCAAGGAUCCCCCACAGACUGAGCGCCUCCAUCGUCGGGCAGACAGACAGCAGCAGCCUGCACUCAGCCUACGCCCAUGAGAACGCCGUGCACAGCAGGGUCUUUCAGAUCUUGUACAGGAACGAAGAGGUCUCCAUAAAUGACGCCGUCCUCUUCCGGGCUCAUUUGCUCUUAGAUGGAGAAAGGGUGGAGGAGGCGCUAAGUGAGGUCGAUUUUCAGCUCAAGGUGGAUCUGCACUUUACGGACAGUGAGCAGCAGCUGAGGGACGUGUCUGGGGCCCCCCUGAUCAGCAGCCGCACGCUCGGCCUACACUUCCACGCCUGGAGGGGUCUGCACCACCAGGUCCCCGUCAUGUUCGACUACUUCCACCUGUCAGUCAUCUCGGUGACCAUCCAUGCCGCCCUCGUGGCCCUGCAGCAGCCCUUGAUCAGUUUUACCCGUCCGGGAAGAGGCUCCUGGCUUGGUAAAGGCGGGCCAGACACGGGACCAGAGCAGUCCAGCCUCUCUCUGGAAAACCUGGUCUUCGGAGCUGGAUACUGCAAGCCGACUUCUUCCGAGGGGAGCUUCUACGUGCCGUCCGAGAACUGCAUGCAGCACGCACACCGGUGGCAUCGGGAGCUGUGCUGCCUGCUCCUGCGCGCCUACGGGGGACUCCGCGCCUACUUCCUGGCCAUCAUGCGGGACAUCCCGGAGCUGCCGCACAUGGAGCUAGAGUCCCUUGCUGUGGAGGAAACGCUCUCUCAGCUGUGCUCAGAGCUACAGAUGUUGAACAAUCCCGAGAAGAUAGCUGAGCAGAUUAGUAAGGAUCUCGCCUGGCUCACUUCCCACCUGAUGGCUCUGUGGACCCAGUUCCUCGACACGGUGACCCUACACUCCCAGGUGACCUCUUAUCUCACCCAGCAACAUCACACCUUGAGGGUCCGAAGGUUUUCUGAGGCCUUCUUUUAUAUGGAGCACCAAAAGCUGGCCGUCCUGACCUUUCAGGAGAAUCUGAUACAGACCCACAGCCAGCUGUCUUUGGACAUCCGAAACUCCGAGUACCUCACCACCAUGCCCCCGCUGCCCGCGGAGUGCCUGGACAUCGACGGCGAUUGGAACACCUUGCCGGUUAUCUUUGAGGACAGAUAUGUGGACUGCCCUGCAACAGGGCACAAUUUGAGUAUUUAUCCUAAUUUUGACGUUCCAACAAGUCCCGCAAUAACGAAUCUAAACAACAGAGAAGAGAACCCUACUGUAAAUAGAAAAUCACCUUUCAGGGAAGACCUUGUCUUGCCCACCAUGAAACCACCCCAGGCGGACUCUGAUACGGAAGUUAUUAGGUGUCCAGAGCCAGAGGACAAAGUAAUCACACCACAAUGUAUGGACACGUGCUCCGAAUCUCAGGUGUAUCUGACAAUUGGCGAAUCCCAGAACAAAGCAGGUUUGCCUGAAGAGGAAUGCUGGACUGGCCAGAGAUCUGAUGUUGGAACACUUUCACUGGCAGAUGAGGACCCGCCCAGAAGGAGUCCAGGUCUAGAGGAUGGCCAGGCCCCGGCACUCACCUACAUUGAUGUGAAGUCUAGCAAUAAGAGGCCUUGUAGUGUGGAACCCACAGUGGUCAUUAGUGUUCAGCAGGAGAGUGGGCACUCUCCAGAUAGCUGUGAAUCGGACAGAGCUGUACCAAGCCAAGAGGUAGCUGGGGGAGGUCACCAAAAUGCCAUCCUUUCAGAGAAAACAACGCUGCAUGAGUUAAGUACUCUAGGAAAGGUUGCAGACCAGGAGGGCAAGAUGGCACUGCUGAGUCUGAAACUCAUCCCCUCCGAGCCCUGUGAUCCACUAAACUCAACUUUGAGGGAUCCCUUGGAUGUUAGGGCUUCCCCAAAAGAUCCUCACUCAGAGGAGCAGGAAGAAGUGUCGGUGCUCUCCGGGGUCAUCAAGAGAUCUUCUUCCAUCAUCUCCGAUUCAGGCAUUGAGAGUGAGCCAAGCUCUGUUGCCUGGUCCGAGGUGCGAAGCAGGGCCCUGGAGUUACCCAGUGACCGGGAAGUCUUGCACCAUCUGGUUCGAAGACAUGCCCUGCACAGGAACUCCUUAGAGGGUGGACACACAGAGAGCAAUACGAGUUUGCCGAGUGGGAUCCAGGCAUCUCUCACCUCCAUUUGCUCUUUGCCCUUUGAGGAGGAAGAACGGGAGUUGGCACUCACCAAGUUGACCAAGUCUGUGUCUGCACCCCAAAUCAGUAGCCCAGAGGAGUCUGCUGAAGGUGGAGGUCUUGCUGAAGGUUCAGCCAUACCCAUGGAGAGUGUAGACUCCCCGGGAUCCAGAAUCCAGGAUGCUGGGGCAGACCAUUCCCUUGUGCAGGUGGUUUCAGGUGCUGAUGGCCAGCAGGUCCCUGGUUACAUAGACAUCCCCAAAGGUACAGAGAGUCAGUUUGAUCCUCAAGAACCUUCUUGUCUUGAUGGGAGGACUGAGACCCCUCCAGGUGUUGAAACCAAAGGUCUUAAUGUAAAAAUACCACGUAUCAUUGCACUUGAAAACCCUAGGCAUGGAUCUUGUCCUAGAGUACUAAAGGAGACCCCAGAGGGCAAGCCUGAAGACUUGAAUGUGGAGAAUGAUGCUCCUUCCAACAGUAGCAUCUCAGAUGAUGAGACGAUUGCCCACCAUAAGGUGCCUGAGUGGAACUCUAGGACAGCUGCUGAUGCCAGUGACCUGGAGUCCACAAGCGAGCAGAACAGCUCACCAGACAAGCAGAACAGCUCACCAGGCAUCGUCGAUGAUGCAGCUUUUAGUGAAGGAACUCAAGCUUGUCUGGAGGCUGGAUGUGAAGCAGGCACUUUAGGUUCCACUGUGACUCCCUCCAUUCACUCCCAGGUUUUAGGAAACCAAGAGCCAAAGACAGGCAUGGCGUCUCACCUGGGUUCAGUGGAGACCUUCACUCUGGACAGCCUGAAAGCCGUGGAGGUCGUCAACCUGUCCGUGUCUUGCACUGCCACAUGUCUCCCUUUCUCAUCUGUGCCCAAGGAGACCCCUGCCCGGGCUGGAUACUCUGCCAAGCAGACCCCGUUGCCCAUCACUCAUCAACCUUUGGGUUCCUUUGGAGUUGUCUCCACCCAUUCGAGCAAGUUGGAGGAAGAAGUCAGUGAGAGGAUGUACAGUUUUUAUCAGGCCAAAGAAAAAUUUAAAAAAGAACUGAAGAUUGAUGGAUUUCUGUACAGUGACUUAUCUGUACUAGCUUCUGAUAUACCGUAUUUCCCACCAGAGGAAGAGGAAGAAAAUUUGGAAGAUGGGAUUCACCUGGUAGUCUGUGUCCAUGGCCUAGAUGGAAACAGUGCCGACCUCCGCCUGGUAAAGACUUUCAUCGAACUGGGGCUUCCUGGAGGAAAGCUGGACUUCCUAAUGUCCGAAAAGAACCAGAUGGACACGUUUGCAGAUUUUGAUACCAUGACGGAUCGGUUGUUGGAUGAAAUCAUUCAGCACAUCCAGUUGUACAACCUCUCCAUAUCCCGAAUUAGCUUCAUCGGCCAUUCCCUUGGCAACAUCAUCAUCCGGUCGGUCCUCACACGGCCGCGGUUCCGGUAUUACCUCAACAAACUCCACACGUUCCUGUCGCUGUCUGGGCCUCACCUGGGGACCCUGUACAACAACAGCACGCUGGUUAGUACAGGCUUGUGGCUCAUGCAGAAAUUAAAGAAAUCUGGGUCCCUUCUGCAGCUGACCUUCAGGGAUAAUGCUGAUUUGCGCAAAUGUUUCCUCUACCAGCUAAGCCAGAAAACAGGUCUGCAGUAUUUCAAAAACGUCGUGCUGGUGGCUUCUCCCCAAGAUCGCUACGUGCCAUUUCAUUCAGCUAGGAUCGAAAUGUGUAAAACUGCCCUCAAAGACAGACACACAGGGCCGGUGUAUGCGGAGAUGAUCGACAACCUCCUGCGUCCCCUGGUGGACGCCAAGGACUGCACCCUAGUCCGGCACAACGUGUUCCAUGCGCUGCCCAACACUGCCAAUGCCCUGAUCGGCCGGGCCGCCCACAUCGCCGUGCUGGACUCCGAGCUCUUCCUGGAGAAGUUCUUCCUGGUGGCGGGGCUCAGCUACUUCAAGUAGCAGCCGGGGCCGCCCGCGGAGGCUUUGCGACCCCUGAACGCUCUAGCGGAGACGUCCCUCGCAGCCCUCGGCCACUGCAGGGCCCCGAGGCCAGGAGGGUGGGGUGGGGACCGGCCGUUCCAGGUGCUUCCAUCUUGGAGAUUUGGGAAAGCUGAACCCGUCCAUGGUAGUGUCACCUGACAAGAGGUUGUCCGAAGCUGUCCGGCCUCCUGGAGAGUCUUUCAAGAUGCUUUCUAGGAGAAAUAUGACAAAAUAAAGAAGCAGAAUCCUUGGAGUUGGUGAGCCCACCUUUUUCUCCCUCCGCUGGCUCACCGAGUCCGCUCCAGUCUCCCUAGAUGUGCCCGGUAUGUUCCUAGCUCAUAGCUUUAUCAUUCUGAUUCAAUCCUGUGCAUACAAGCAUUUCAGAACUCAGGCGAGCCUCCGUGCGGAAGUGGGGCGUAUAUUCCUGUAGAUACAACCCGUAAUCGAUUCCAAUGUGCUGCUUGUUCAAGACAGCGUGAUGCCCACACGGUCAUUCUCCCAUGUUUCCGCCACCAGGGGCAAAGGAAUGCUUUACGGACUUGAGUCCUAGUUC